AUAGAAUUUCACAAAUUCAGUAAAAAAGGGGUUCAGUUUGAAUUAAUUAAUGAUUAGAUUCUAUGUUCGUUUUUGGUUCGAUAAUUGACUGGUGGAGGUCAAGCAUGAUUUCGUUUCCAACCCAAAUACUACAAAUUGAUAAUUUCCUUUCCCUUUUUUCCUUUUUGUUUGGGUGUCAAACUAAUGAUUCAUUAGGUUGUUAAACUCUCCCUUUCUCUGUAUACCGAUCGGUGCAUUUCAUCCCUUUUCUUGUUGAGUUUGUUAGCAAUACGUUGUUUGUUGGACUCUUCUUUAACCAAAUAAGCCACCGAUUGAAGAAAGACAUGAUUUUUAGGCCUUUCCUGUGAUGGGCUUUGGGAAACUCGAGAAAUUAGUUGACGGCUAGGAUUUUAGCUCAGCUCCUCGAUGGAAAGUUGGAGUCUUUUGCGGUUUCUGUUGAGGAAUCUUUUUGGGGUAUGGUCCAUUUUAGUGGUGAUGUGGCCUGUGAAUGGGUUUAGGCCUUUGAGGCAGAGACGGUCUUGGGGUGAAGAGUGGCUUCCUAUUGGCAAGGAUGAUCAAGAAUUGGGACCAUUUUCUUCUUGGAACGUAACAGGGACCUAUAGAGGGAGUUGGAAGUUUCCAGAUUCUGCAAAUAGCUCUUCCAAGUUUGCUGAUUUUAGGAAGUCCAGUGGAAAUUCGAUACUAGAACUAAUCAGUACACCAACAAAAAUAACCGGUGUACACUAUGUGCAGGGAGUUAUAAUUUUCCAUGACGUGUUUGACAAUGAGAAUGAUGUACACGGAGCUCGAAUCAGGGUAGAAGGUGUGUAUAUUUGGCCUUUCAGACAACUAAGAAUGGUGGCUAACAGUGGAAAAGAGAGUGAGUUUGGGCAGGAAGAUGAUUAUUUAUUGUCUAACCCGUAUCACUUGCUCGGAGUUUUCUCGUCCCAGGUGUUUCAGGAGUCUCCACGAGAAAAAAUCUGGAAGAGGAAACAAUCCCCACUUUACGAAAUGGAGAAACACUGCAACAUUGAGAUCGCUGCUAAAAUUUCUCGAGCGUCUUCCAGGAGAAAUGGUGGAGAUCAAGACAAGUACUAUCUAGAAGGAGUUAUGGAGAGCCCUUCAGUGGAUGACGAUGUAGAUUGCUUCUCGCCCAUGCUCUUGAAUGCGACUUCUGUCAACGUCGAAGUCUACUAUAACAAAGCAGUUAACUACACUUUGAUGGUUACCUUUAUAUCUUUCCUCGAAGUUCUAUUGUUAAUCCGGCAAAUGGAACAUAGUAACACCCAAUCAGGGGCUGCCAAAGUUUCGCUUCUGAUGAUCGGGCAUCAAGCUAUAAUGGAUGCUUAUAUCUGCCUUCUACAUCUCACUGCCGGAAUUUUAGUUGAAUCUCUAUUUAAUGCUUUUGCAACGGCGGCAUUUUUCAAGUUUGUGGUUUUCUCAAUCUUUGAAAUGCGGUACCUACUUGCUAUAUGGAAGGCGAAUAGGCCAUCAACUAACGGAGAGAAUUGGGAGACGAUGAGGCGCGAGCUCUCGGUUCUUUACAGUCGUUUUUACGGGAUCCUUUUAGGUGGCAUUCUUGUCAUGUACGAGUUCCACAAUUUUCUUCGAAUCAUCCUUCUCCUCCUCCACUCUUUCUGGAUUCCACAAAUAGUGAUUAACGUAGUUCGUGACUCGAGGAAGCCAUUGCAUCCUCAUUAUAUCCUAGGGAUGACUAUAACUCGAAUUGCUAUUCCCUUAUACGUAUUCGGUUGCCCACAUAAUUUCAUGCGAAUAGAGCCCGAUCAGAGGUGGUGUAUCUCUUUGGCCUUUUUUAUGGGACUGCAAGUCUUCAUUCUUCUUCUCCAGCAUUAUCUCGGAUCCCGUUGGUUCAUUCCCCGUCAGAUUUUACCGGAGAAAUAUAGCUACUAUAGGCGAUUCCUUCAAGGUUCGAGCCACCACGCUACGGAUUGUGUCAUUUGCAUGACCGCCAUUGACCUCAGCCAGCGCUUGAAUGAUUGCAUGGUGACGCCGUGCGAUCAUUUCUUUCACGGAAGCUGCUUGCAGAGAUGGAUGGACAUAAAAAUGGAAUGCCCGACGUGCCGCCGUCCCCUCCCACCUGCUUAGAAAUGUACAUUUUGUUACUACACGAAAUCGAGCUGCUCUGCUAGUUAACAGUGUUGAGGAAUGAACCUAAGGCAUAACUGGUAGAUUUUCCGAGCAGAAGCAAGCGAAACGACAACCUCCAAUGGCAACGGUGCCGUGUAUACUGUAUGUAAUAGAAAGACAGCAAUUAGAGUUCCCAUUUUUAGGUAGGUUAAGAACAGUCUGUUUUAAACUAUACUGAUACAAUUUUCUCACUAAAUUCUGAAUGUACAUAUACAUACAUUACUUACACACAUAUUUCUUCAAUUAAGUUUGGAUUCGAGAGAA